AUGUGUAAAAAGAAAGUUCGUAUUAGGGGGGAGGAGUACAUAGAUAGUCGUAGUAGUAAUAAUCUAUUAGUCAUUAUGGAAGAUAUAUUCAAAGGAAUAGUUGAUGAUGAAAGAGCUGGUUUGGUUAUAUCAAACUUGUUAUUACUCAAUGACUUUUUAGAUUCGGUCAACAUUGAAAUUAAUGAAAAGGGUUGGUCUUUAACUGGAUUUGAUCGUAUUUAUCUAACAUGUUCAUUUGUGUUUAUAAAAGCAUCACAAGUACUUUAUAUUGAUGUUAGAUUAGAGAGAUCAAUGUUUACCGAUUAUCAUAUUUUGAAACCAGUAUUGUUUGUUUUAAAAGUAGAUAUGAUUCACAAGGUUUUAAAAAAGGUUGGAAAAGUUGAAAAAAUUGCUUUCAAGUAUCCAGGUGAUAAAUUAGAAUUGAUUAUAUUUAAUCCAUCUGGUUUUAUUACACAUCAUUCUUUUCCAGAAAUGAUUUUACAAUCUCCUGAUCAAUACAAGGAUCCAGAUUUUAAAUAUGAAUGUGAAAUACUUUUACCAUGUAUAUUAUUUAAAAAUAUUAUAGGUGAAUUAAAAUCAUUUGGUGAUAAUAGAUUAUGGUUAAAAGUUGAUGAAAAUAGUUUAUGUUUUGAAGCCAAUGAUAGUAUUGUAAAAUCAAGUAUGACUUUGCAUAAAAAUAUUAUUCAUUAA